UACCAGAAACUGUUCCCGGUGGAGAGGCAACCGAAGAGCACCCAGAAGAACGCAAAGACCAUGUCGGCGGCACCCUCGACAUCCUCUGUGGGCGAUGCUGCGGCCGCUUCCGGCAAUCUUCAGCUGCCCCCGCUCCGCUCGCUCGAUGACUUCAUCUUGGGAUCGGCCCGUUUCCAGCUGCCCAAUCUUAGAUUCGAGAAGUGGGGUAACCGGGUGGUGAAGAAUCUGUUGUACUAUCAAACCAACUACUUUCUGCUCUUCCUCAAUUACGUCGUGAUGGUAAUCUUCAACCCAGCCAAGAUCGUCAGCGGUCUGCUGGUGCAGGCUCUCAUAGCCGUGAUCUGGCAGUUCUUCAGUGGCAAGUCAAAGUCCAACUUUAUUGCCAGCCGGUUGACGGGCGGAAAUGCCAACGCUGCGGAGCAGAAUGCCCAGCAAAAGUGGUACAUCCUGGCCGGUGCUCUGCUUGGCGGCUACCUUUUCCUGCAUCUGAUCAGCGCUGUCCUGCUAACGGCCUUCACCCUGCUGCUGCCCAUUUCGGUGACCUUCAUUCACGCCUCACUGCGCCUGCGCAACAUUAAGAACAAGCUGGCCAACUCCAUUGAAAGCUUUGGUCCUGCAACGCCCAUGGGCUCCCUUUGGACGCCCUAAUGUCAGGGCCGAUGGAGUAUUCAA